CAGCGGAAAUGUGAAGUGGGGUAAACACUCUCUCUCUAGGCAUUGUAGGAAGAGCAGGGGCCGAGGCGUGGAGACAACUUGUGGUCCCUCAGACUCCGGGAGCUGGCAGGGGAUGGACAGCGUGAAACAGACAACCGAGACCCUGCUGUGUUUGUCACCUGCCGAGGUUGCCAACCUCCAAGAAGGAACCAAUUUUGUUCGAAAUAAGACCACCGGCAAAAACUUUAUCUUGUAUAAGCAGAAGGGCCACUGGAAGGCGUGCAAGAAUGUGUGCAAGCACCAAGGAGGCCUGUUCGUGAAAGACAUGGAGGAUUUACAUGGAAGGUCUGUGAAGUGCACAAAACACAACUGGAAGCUGGAUGUGAGCUCCAUGAAGUACAUCAACCCUCCAGACAGCUUCUGUCAAGAUGAGCUGGUUGUUGAAAUGGAUGAAGAGAAUGGACUUCGACUUCUAGAGCUGAACCCUCCUAACCCUUGGGACUCAGAGCCCAGGACUCCUGACGAUUUGGCUUUUGGGGAAGUGCAGAUAACGUAUCUCACGCAUGCCUGCAUGGACCUCAAGCUGGGAGACAAGAGGAUGGUGUUUGAUCCUUGGCUAAUUGGACCUGCGUUUGCUCGGGGCUGGUGGCUGCUCCACGAACCUCCAUGUGACUGGCUGGAGAGGCUGUGCCGGGCAGACCUCAUUUACAUCAGUCACAUGCACUCAGACCACCUGAGUUACCCCACCCUGAAGAAGCUUUCUGAGAAAAGACCAGACGUUCCCAUUUAUGUGGGUGACACCGAAAGACCCGUGUUUUGGCGUCUGGGACAGAGUGGCGUCCAGUUAACUAAUGUCAAUGUGGUGCCCUUUGGGAUUUGGCAGCAGGUAGACAAAAAUCUGCGGUUUAUGAUCCUGAUGGACGGCGUUCACCCCGAGAUGGACACUUGCAUCAUUGUGGAGUACAAAGGUCAUAAGAUACUCAACACGGUGGACUGCACCCGACCCAACGGGGGAAGGCUGCCUGGGAAAGUCGCCCUAAUGAUGAGUGAUUUUGCUGGAGGGGCAUCGGGCUUCCCAAUGACUUUCAGCGGAGGAAAAUUCACUGAGGACUGGAAGGCCACGUUCAUUCGGACAGAGCGCAGGAAGCUUCUCAACUACAAAGCCCAGCUGGUGAAGGACCUGCAGCCCCGGAUUUACUGUCCCUUCGCUGGGUACUUUGUGGAAUCCCACCCAUCUGACAAGUACAUUAAGGAAACAAACGUCAAAAAUGACCCAAAUCAACUCAACAAUCUUAUCAGGAAAAUUUCUGAUGUGGUCACGUGGACACCCCGACCUGGAGCCACCCUAGACCUGGGCAGGAUGUUAAAGGACCCAACGGACAGCAAGGGCAUCGUGGAGCCUCCAGAAGGAACGAGAAUUUUCAAGGAUUCCUGGGACUUUGGACCCUAUUUGGACACCUUGAGCGCCGCCGUAGGAGAUGAAAUCUUCCUUCACGCAUCCUGGAUAAGAGAGUACUUCACGUGGGCUGGAUUCAAGGGCUACAACCUGGUGGUCAGGAUGAUUGAAACGGAUGACGACUUCAAACCUUUUCCUGGAGGAUAUGACUACCUGGUGGACUUUCUCGAUUUAUCCUUUCCGAAAGAAAGACCGAGCCGCCAACAUCCCUAUGAAGAAAUUCGUAGCCGGGUGGACGUCAUGAGAUACGUGGUGAAGAACGGCUUGCUGUGGGAUGACUUGUAUAUCGGAUUCCAGACCCGGCUCCAGAGGGACCCUGACGUAUACCACCACCUGUUCUGGAAUCAUUUUCAAAUAAAACUCCCCGUAACGCCACCCAACUGGAGGUCAUUCCUGAUGCACUGUGGCUAGAGAGGACCUGGAUGUCCCAGAUACCCAGCGACACAGAAAACCCUAGAAGGUACUGUGCGGUAGUAGCCACCAGAAGUUUGUACCAAAGGGCCCAUGUCUUACGAAGUCAGCAGCGCAUCCCUCCACGCUCACAGGUUUUUCCCUUGUGUGAAUCACUGCCGAGGCAGGUGCAAAUCUCUUUGUUUUUCUUCCCCCAAGGCCGGAGAUGGAGCUCAGGAAUGGAACAUGCGCUCCUGAGCUCCAUCUCCGCACCCUCGACGUUGACCCCACCCGCGAUUCUGCGUAAAAAGCACCAACCAGAGCCAUCCGGAGCCAGCUCUGUGAGGGCCUCAGAGCCCAGCGGAGGGAGAUGUGAAGCCAGUGUUCGAAAGGACUGCUGUGGGCGCGCAGACGGUGGGUUAGGAGAGGGAGGAGAAGAAGCGACAGAGAUCCAGGAAGAUCCGAAGAAAACACGAAGACUGCGUGAAGCUGGACGCCAGAGUGAGGCGUGGAAAAACCUAUCCUUGGCCCCGUGUGACAGAUGGAUCCCCAAACAGCUCCUGCUUUCAACUUCCCCGGAACGCUUUGCUGGGACCUUCUGUUUCCCAAAGUGAGGCCACAGGGGCUGUCCCACAAGGCCAUAUUUUCAUACAAUUUGACUCAGUUACAAAAUUCGUUAUUUACUAAAGCUUGUGAAUUCUAUCAAUCAUGGAGAUCUUUGAUUAACAGAAGAUAUGAACACUAAUAAUUUUACAGGGAAAAGUCCUUAAAGAUUAGAAGUCAAAAUAAAGGUUUAAAUCUUCAAUUAAAACUCUUUAUAACUUUAAAAAAACACUCAAUGGUUAAAAUAAGCAUUAACUUGCCUGCUUUCAUAUAUAUGUAUUAAAAAUUAUAUCAUAUGAUCAUUUAGGACAUACCAAUUUGUUCCUAAACAACAUUAAUUGCUAGCUAGGUUUCUGAUUUAUAUAUUGAUAUUUCCAACAUACCCAUGCUAAGAUUUGAAAAUCAAACAUCUAUUUCCUGGGCUGGAGAGAUGGCUUAGUGGUCAAGGAGCUUGCCUGCGAAGCCUGAGGACCCACGUUGUACUCUUGGCAUCAG